UGACCCGAUUCGGGGCUCAGUCUCUCUUAGGCUGAGUCCCUUGGUCUUGCUCUUCAAUCUUACUUCUGUCUCUUGAUCUUAUUCAAGCUGUGUCGCUCCUCUCGUGUCCCAUUUGCCCUUGCCACGCAGGACGUGACAGUGGCCCAGGAAGCCCAGACCCCCAUCGGCAGGCAGCUGCCCUCCCGGCUUGGACUCGUCGGGCCUUAAGGAGCUCACCACCACCACCCUGGCUCUGAGCACUGGGCUGUGCAUCUGUGCUGGGGCUGCCUAGGCAGGUCCACCCACCAGGCCCUCCACCACACACCAGGAUGUGCUCGUGGCCUGUGCCCCGAGAGCCUCUGCGCCGCGUGGCAGUGACCGGGGGCACCCAUGGCAAUGAGAUGUCUGGCGUCUACCUGGCCCAGCACUGGCUGCGGGCCCCGGGGGAGCUGCAGAGACCCAGCUUCUCCGCCAUGCCUGUGUUGGCCAACCCGGCGGCCACAGCCGCCUGCCGUCGCUACGUGGACCGUGACCUCAACCGCACCUUCACUAGCACCUUCCUCACUGCCAGGGCUCACCCAGAUGACCCAUACGAGGUGAAGAGGGCCCGAGAGCUGAACCAGCUGCUGGGGCCCAAGGCCUCAGGCCGGGCCUUUGACUUCAUCCUCGACCUGCACAACACCACGGCCAACAUGGGCACCUGCCUCAUCUCGGAAUCUACCCACAAUGUCUUUGCCAUGCACCUGUGCCGCCACCUACAGAUGCAGAGCCCUGAGCUGCCCUGCAGGGUCCUCCUGUACCAGGUGCCUGGGGAGGAGAGUUACAGCCUGUAUUCGGUAGCCAAGAACGGAAUGGGCCUGGAACUGGGUCCCCAGCCUCAGGGCGUGCUGCGGGCCGACCUUUCCACCAGGAUGAGGGCUUUGGUGGCUGCAGCUCUGGACUUCAUCCAGCUUUUCAACCAGGGCACAGCUUUUCCUGCCUUUGAGAUGGAAGGGUACAGAGCCAUUAGGGGCAUGGACUUCCCACGCACCGAGGCCGGGGACUUGGCGGGCACCGUGCAUCCUCAGCUGCAGGACCGCGACUUUGAGCCACUGCGGCCCGGUGCACCCAUCUUCCAGAUGUUCAGUGGCGAGGACGUGCUCUAUGAGGGGGAGGCCACUGUGUAUCCCGUAUUCAUCAACGAGGCUGCCUACUAUGAGAAGGGCAUUGCCUUCUUGCAGACUGAGAAGCUCACGUUCUCUGUGCCCGCCCUGUCCAUGCUGGCCCCCGCCCCCACCCCAGAUCCCUAACCCAGGCCAUACCUGCCCAGCCUCAGCCUAAGGCACGACCUCCAGCUCAGGGGACCUUUUGCUACCUGCUGUAAACCAUGAUCCUUGUCAUCCCCCCACCUCCAUGCCUCAGUUUCCCAUUCUAUAAAGCGAAAGAUGUCUAGGGGUCCAUGGUUCGUGUCCUCUGCCCUGCCUGGCCCCUCUCUGUGGCCUCAGGAUCUGGGGCAGGUCUGGCUCAGUGUGGCCUUGGGCAUGCUGUGUGUCCUGGGGUCAGUGGUAGCUGUCUCUGUGCCCACACUUAUCCAGGGACUAUCCUAUACUGUGGAGGAGAUUUGGAGAAAAACUGUCCUGGGGCCAGCAGAGGGGUUUUCAGAGGGCCAUUAACAGAAGGUGGUCCCCAAGCCCCUACACUCCUGGGAGAGCAAAAGUGUGUGCCCAUGUAUACGCACACGCGUGUGGGUGCCCAUGCGUGUGCUUGCCUCAGGUGCUGUGUGUGCGUGUGCAUAUAUGUUCCCGAAAGCCUCAGCACCUUGGCUGUUCUGGGAGGAUCUGUGUGAUCGGGUGCAUAGUUUGGAUGUGUAUUUCCAGGUAUGUAAUGAGCCUGGCGCCCGUGGAGAUCAGGGCUGGGGAAGGAGUGCAGCUCAAUAGGCUCUGUCCACCCAGGUGUGGGGACACAGGGAGGAGGAAAGUCCUCCUGGGGAAGCAGAGGUUCCUCCAUCACCCGACACGUCCCACGUCAGCAUUGGGGGACAGUGAGCACAGGGUCUGCUGCUGGGGUCCCUGGUCGUGACCCCGGCACUCUCUGCAGGGUGUCCGUGGCAGGGCCGAGCUGGGGAGGGUGGGACGGGGCCCCAAGGACGCUGCCCACACCCGCCUGAGCCCAACAAGACAUAGUUCCUGGCUGAAAAAGGGCUGGUGGAGCCCAGAACUCCAUCCUGUUGAGGCAUCACCCCCUGACCCCCUGACACCCUCGCCUGGCCCAUCCAUCUCCCUGCGGCCACAGCUGCCACGCCGCCUCCUGCUAUUGAGCAGCGAGAUGAGAAGGUGUGAAGGAUACCAGGGCACCAGGGACAGGCUGGCAGGCAAGAUGGAUGAGGGGGCAGGGGGCCAGUAGGCGCCUCCGGCAGGAAGGGCUGGCCAGCCGGGGAGGGGGCUGUGCAGGCGGCCGAGGCGCGCCUGUGUGCCUGGUGUGUGUGCAUGGGGUUGUGUGUGUGUGUGCGUGUGUGUGUGCAUGGGGUUGUGUGUGUGUGUGUGUGUGUGUGCACGCGCGCAUGCGCACAGGAGCUUGUACACAUGUGAACAUGAGGGGUGGCAGGUCAGCAUCUGUGCACACAUGUGUGUUCGUGGGUUGGCAAGUCAGUGUGCUCAUGUACACAUGUGAGGGUGUUUCCCAUCAUGCAGACCAAAGGUGUGUGCAAGCACACACACAUACUCACACACAUCGUGAGCCACCAGGCCCCUCGGUCACCUCUCUCACCUCCCACCCACCCCACUGUGGAUCCUGGGCAGGGUGGCAUGGCCACACCUUACCGGGUAGUCCCUGGGCCCCACUGGGACCCUCUAUCACAAGCACAGAGAACUCCCUGCCCCAUCUUGUCUGGCAGCAAACCCCAGAGCUGGUGCAGCCUUCCCCCUAGAGUAGAGCAAGGGUGCAUGCCAGGGCGGGCCCACCGGGCCCACCCUCUCCCCUGCAGGACCCCUCCCGGCUCAGCAGGCAGGCAUCUGGGACCCAGGGACAGAAGCAGCAGGCAUGCGUGAGCUAAAGGGAGGAGAGGUCUACAUGAGGCGUGAGGCUCUGGGAGGGGCCACGCUUGAGAGAAGCAGCCUCCCUGACUGCUGGCCCCUCGGUGCUCCCUCUUAGAUGCGGGCCUCUGCCAACCCCACGUCCCCAGUGCCAGACUCUGGAGGAGGUGUGUGGGGGUCAAGUAGGCCUUGGG